AAUGAGAGAUGUCGUUUAGCAACUUUAAAGCAGAGAAGGAACGUACUUAUCAGAAAAAUCGAUCAAUUUACUAAGAUGUGUGGAGUUGAAGCCUGCUUGAUUGUGUAUGAUAAUGAUCAUGUUGGACCAGUAACUUGGCCUAAAGAGGCUGUAUUGGUACACUCCAUCCUUCAAAAGUAUGAGUCUCAGAAGAAUGAGAGACCUCCCAAGACCUUUGGUAUUGAAGACUUUUUUGAGAAUAGGAAGAACAUGGUUGAAGCUGACAUUUCCAAAGUGCAUAAACAGAUCAGUAACAUCAAGUAUCCAACUUGGGAUCCAAGUUUCAUAAACAUGGAAGAGAAGCAAUUGAGGGCUUUAAUUACUCAGGUGAAUGCUAAGAUUAUGGCUUGUGAUCAUGUGUUGCAAAACAAGCAUCAAAGUGAAGCCAACAACAUCAUGCAAAACAUGGCUUGGGGAAGUGCUUCCUCCUCCCAUAUUCCAAGCCAAAUCACCCCAACUCCUAACAAUAAUGGGAGGGUGUAUUUUACAAAUUCAAUAAAUCAGUUUGAUGGAGCUAGUAAUCAUGGAAUGAACAUGCAACAAGUUGAUGCUUGCUUUGGUUACAUUCCAACAAUGGCGCAAGAAAGUGCUAAUGCUACCUCCUCAUAUCCAAGCCAACUCAAUUGCUUGCAAAACAUCCCUCAAAGCCAACCCAUAUUUGAAGAUUUAAAGCCACUUAGUGAUAAGAAUGAGAUGGUAGAUUUUAGUAAUCAAGUUGAUGUGCCACUAGAUUCAACUAAUCAACUUGGUUUGUUUAUGGACUGGACUAAUGAUCAAUUUGGUGACUUUGAGGACUGGAUUAAUCGACCUAUUGAUUGGUCUAAUCAACCAGGUUGUGGUGAUGUUAUGGGUUGGGACAGUCAACCUAAUGAAUCUAUCUUUCAAAAUGUUCCAGUUCAAUCUCAGAAUGAGGAGCAAGGAGGAGGAGCUUUGCAUGUCUUGCCACCACCAUCGGAUGGAUUUCAAAGUUCAAACAGAUUGCUAUAAUGUGAAUUUCUAAAUGGCGAACUUUGAGUAGACUUUGAUUUUGAUGCUCUUAUUAUUUAGUUUAGUAAGUUAUAGGCAUUUAUAUUAUAUGCUUGAAAGUGUGGUAAUUUCGGUUGGAAAAUUUGG